AUGGCUGAACGUAUUCGCUUGGGUCUCCGUCUCUAUUGGAACCGGCCUCCUCGCGUUACUAAAGCCGAAGGCAAAUGUAGCAAAACACACUACUACCGGAUUGUUCUUGCUACUGAGGGCCUCCUCAUCUUCUUGGGUCGCAUUCUCGCUGUUCAAGUUGAGCAAGCGCUCAACAACGUCUCUAUCACAACCACAAUGGUGUCUUUCUUCGCCACUUUCGGAGACGCUUUCAGCUUCAGUGUAGGAGGUAGCAUCCUCCAAAAUCGGUGGAGUACGCUUACGGAGCAGUUUGUUGAGGCUGGAAGCCUACCCGAGCAGUACCUUAUUAGAAGCCAUGCUACCGAGGGCUCCGGUGGGCGCAUCAAAAGUCUUCCAACCUCGUUGCAGGAGGUGUAUAGGGAGGUUAUGGCGAAGGGCCUGAAAAUACUGUGGGUUGUUGGAGUACAAUCGCCAAGCUUCCUAAUCGGGCACUAG